GCGCAGUAUGUUAACGACCACGUUCUUUACACAAGAAAAUGGCGGCGUGUUGAAGAGGGAUUUGCCCACAUUUGCGAAAACGUCUUCCUUUAUUUGUGGAAUUGCUCGAACAUCUCGACAAGAAAAACGGUAAUGAAACCAAAAUAGAGAUUCUGGCUCAAAAUGCUAGCAAACGAACAGGUUUCCCAGUUUAAAUUUAUUGCGAAAACUUUACCUAAUGUCGUGGCGUCUGAUACAACGAGCUCAGGUGUAAUCGCUAGCCUCACUCCUGGUCCAAGCAUUGAGAAUGCAACUCCAAAUGCAUCUCACGGGGUUGUAAACUCAACACACCAUUUUCAAGCACCCGAACAUGCGCAAAAACAAGCUGUUAUGUCUCAAGGCAUCGUUUCAGUACCGGAGUCGCCCAGUCAGAUAUUACCAACUUCUGUAGCACAGGCAACUGUUGUGGCUGGCGUACCUGGGCAAGGUGUCUUUUACGAUGGCAAGCGUAUGCGAAAGACGAUGCAAAGAAGGACGGUUGAUUACAAUUCUUCAAUUACUCGUUACCUAGAGGCAAGGAAAUGGUUUAAGUGUGCAAGAAAUCAGUAUGCUCUACAACCUCAAGAAAUUUAUAAUGUUGAUGUCGUUCCACCUUGUGGUUAUGCUAAAAAUCCAAUAAAUGCAGUCACAACAAAGUUUGUGAGAACAUCCACAAAUAAACUACGUUGUCCUAUAUUUUGUGUCGUGUGGACCCCUGAAGGACGUCGUCUAGUUACAGGUGCUUCUAGUGGUGAAUUUACUCUUUGGAAUGGUCUCACAUUUAACUUCGAAACUAUUCUGCAGGCUCAUGACCGAGCUGUACGUUCAAUGGUUUGGAGUCAUAAUGAUCUAUGGUUGUUAACUGGGGAUCAUGGUGGUUUCAUUAAGUACUGGCAGUCCAAUAUGAAUAAUGUAAAGAUGUAUGAAGCACAUAAGGAACCUGUUAGAGGACUAAGUUUUUCUCCGUCCGACAACAAAUUUGCUUCUUGUUCCGACGAUGGGUUGGUCAAGGUCUGGGAUUUUUACAGAUGCGCGGAGGAACGCGAGCUCAAAGGUCACGGUACGGAUGUAAAGUGUGUCGACUGGCAUCCAUCAAAAGGUCUUCUUGUGUCAGGCUGCAAAGAUAGUCAGAAGCCUGUGAAACUCUGGGAUCCAAGAACUGGCAAUAACAUUUGCACACUGCAUUGUCAUAAGAGUACAGUUAUGACCGCAAAAUGGAACAGUAACGGCAAUUGGUUGGUGACGGGAUCACGUGACCAUCUACUCAAACUCUUCGACAUUCGUACAAUGAAAGAACUACAAACAUUUCGUGGACAUAAAAAAGAAGCAACAGUGGUGGCUUGGCAUCCCGUUCAUGAAACAUUGUUUGCAAGUGGUGGUUCGGAUGGCUCUCUUAUGUUUUGGUUAACUGGCGUUGAUGAGAAAGCUGGGGGAAUGGAGAAAGCCCAUGAAGGGAUUGUUUGGAGUCUUUCGUGGCAUCCACUCGGUCACAUACUUUGUUCAGGCUCGAAUGAUCAUACUAGUAAAUUCUGGGCAAGAAACCGUCCUGGUGAUUCCAUGACUGACAAGUACAACCUGGAUAUUCAAGGAACACACGAUGAUACAGAAUAUAACGAUGAAGGGACAACUCAGACGUCAUCGGUGCCUGCUCUUGCUGCUUAUGAUGCUAGCCAAGUUAUACCCGGUGUUGGAAUUCCCGUCACAGCAAGUAAAGUGGUUUUACCGGACUCGAAAGAUGUGGACGUGGAUUUAUAUGGAGGUCAAAUCAAAGCGCCAUCUUCAAGUCCAGAGUCAUCCGAAUUUCCUUAUCCACCGGCGAUGAAUGCGUUUAAGAAACCUGGUUACUCAAUCCCUGGUUUAGAUUUAACGAAUUCUCAAACAAAUCCAGGCUUCAAUAAUUCUUUUCAUGCGCCGCCUAAACUUCGUUUGCCAUCGCUGCCACCUCGUUCAAGUGGCAGUUUUAAUCCACCUCAAGGUAGCUAUCCAAUGGCAAAUCAUCAAGACAAUAAUCACUUUGCUCGUGGACCUCGAAAUGGAAUGGAACAAUUUAGCCCACGAGGACCCGAUCCAAACUUUCGUCAUCCAGGUCCGUUUUUGCCAAAUCAACACGGGCGUUUUCCCGGCCCACGAGGCCCACGCUCAGGGCCGUGGGGGUUUUCACCAUGUCCUCCAGGUCGCAAUUUUGAAUUUCACAGACCUCAAAAUGAUCAUUUCAUGGGGGGAAGACCACGAAACAUGCCACCAUUUGGAUUUCACAGGGGUCCUCCCCCUGGGUUUCAAAAAAGUCCUCCUGAAUUGCAAGGAGGCCAGCCACCUCAUGAGGGGCCGAUCAGGUUUCGCCACGAAAGUAAACCAGAUGGUGCGAUGAAAAACAUUGCUGUUCAUGAUGGACAACGUCUUAAUUUUUCUCAAGGACCAAGAGGUAAUAUUCAAGGCGGACCACGGACUCGUGGACCUUCCGAUUCUGUGCACAUGGACACUCAACAAGGAGGUUCCGUUUCGAAUUCUCCUCGUGUGGAACGUGUCCCCGGAGAAUCAAAUAUGGGUGCAGGUCAACUUGGAUCACAUGAAGAAGGAUUUCGGUCUAGAGACAAAUGGCAGAGUGACUUAAACGAAAGAUCUAACGACGAUCUUGAAAAGCAAUUGUACGAAUCCCAAAAUGUUUCUGUUAAUCCAGCAAGACUAAAUGAUGGUCAUCACGUCGGUCCAAGACCGCAUUUAAAUAUUCGCCCAGGUGUUCAUGGACCUAAAGGGACACCCAGUGAAACAUUAGGUCCUCUUGGACCUAGGGGAUUCAUUAAUGUGUCCGGUCCUCGUGGUCUUCGCAGAGGACCUUUAAGCCCAAAUGAAGGUCAAAAUAGUGGGCGUCAUUUUACACCUCGAGGUUCUAGAACACCUCCAUUUCAGCCUCCUAAUUCUGAUCAAUGGCAGCCUGAGCUAAAAUCUCCUGAAGGCGAUAGGCCAUCGGAGUUUAAGGGUCGCUCUUCCAGGAAAAACUCCAGAGAUCGCUCUUCGCGUGAUAGCUCACCUCACAGGAAUCAAACUAAAACAGAGAGACAAGGUUCUGAAUCAGAUGCACCCGGUAUCCUGGGUGACUAUCAGACGCAUGUGCAAGAGAUGCAACGUGGUUUAUUAGAAAACUUUGCUAGCACUGCAGUUGGUCGGCUCUUUGCUCAACCUGAACUAGGACUGUCCGAUAUUGGACGUCCAGACCGAUCACUUAAUAGAUCAGAUAAAGAUAACGCUCGUUCUGAUGAUGCACGUGGAAGAGCACGUGACUGGGAAAAAGAAAAACGUUCACCACGUGAAAAGUCAGGUGAUCAUGACCGCCGUUCUGAAUUAGGACGGCCAAGAGAAGAACGUCCUUCCCAUAGAGAGCGUUCAAGAGACAGACAGGUCUUUGACGUUCGCCCUAAUGACCGUCCUGUCAGGGGUCAACCUGAGAAUUUGGAUGGCAAUGAUUUACCAGCUAAUGAGAAACCCGGCUUAUUGCCCAUACCAGAAGCAUUUGUCGCUAUGGGUCCGAUGGAAUCAGCUGGUCGUGAUCAAGUUUCAAGCAAUCAUCGUCAGACGGAAAGACGACGUGAUUCCGGGCGAUUUCAAGAUGGGCAGAAUGAGAGGAAAGGUUUUUGGAGGGGUCCGCUGCAGGAUCGUCAUACACCUGAUGGUCAAUUACCCGGAGGACAGGUUGAUGAGCCUUCCGUAAUGGAGGAUGCGAACGUCAAACCUCUUAUGAGUCUUCUUGAUGCCCUCCCUCUUGGCAAUGCUGGUGCACAAGGUGGCUUCGAUAAUCGACGGAGAAAACGCUCAACGGAGCACGAUUUUGAUCGGCCAUCAAAAAGAGUAGAGACUAACGAAAGCAGAGAAAGAAUGAGAUAGAAAAUACGUAUAUAAAGAGUUUAUUUUCCGUCAUUAAUAAUUGUGUUGUAUUCUGUACUAGAUUUGUAUCAUAAAACAAGGGCCUGAUUCCCUUCCAUCUUUUCUUAUAUUAUGAAUGGUGAUGUUAGUAAGUCCUUUCUAUAUUCAGUUCACAUUGCAUUUGCUUGCCGACGUGGAAUUUUUGCGAGCGUCUUUUUACGUUGUUAAGUGUGAGAACUUUGCCCUAUGUUUAAGGCUUUUAGCAAUUCGCGUUUCAUGAGUAAAGCCACGCAAAUAAAUACCAGAAUACAUAUUAACAAAGCAGCA